AUAAAUAUGAGGCUUCUACAAGUUCUCGUCGUAAUUUAUAAUAAUAAUAAAAAAAAAUGAAAUCGACUUCUGCUCUAUUUAUCAUAAUUUUUUUCGCGUAUAAUUUUCUUAAUGUAUUCUCUUAUGAAGAUUGGUUGAGUUUUGGUGGCACUGGUGAAAAUAAUAUCAAUAAUAAUCGUAAUUCCGAUGCUGAGAAAAUAAUCUCUCCCAAAAAUGUUGGUUCUUUAAAGGUUAAAUUUAUUAUUCCAGUUGAAAGUUCAGUUUCAGCUACUCCAGUGACUUUUCAAAAUAAUGUAUAUUUUCCCGAUUGGGCAGGAUUUUUAUAUUCUGCAAAUGCAAGAACGGGAGAAAUAAAUUGGAAAAUUAAUAUAACAAAAACCUAUCUUCCACAACCAUCAGAUCCAAGAGCGAUAAGUCGUACUACACUUGCGAUUGAUCCAAAAGAAAAACUUAUAGUAUUCGGUACUCAAAAUAUUUCUGGUGGUAGUGGUUUUGUUAUAGCAAUAGAUCUUUAUGGUAAAUUAGUCUGGCGUACAUUAAUUGAUGAACAUCCAUAUGCUGUUAUAACGCAAUCUCCCACAAUAUUUGAUAAUGCCGUAUAUAUUGGAGUUUCUUCAGCCGAAGAAGGAGCUGCUUCUACUGUACCUGGUUAUGUUUGUUGCUCAUUUCGAGGAAGUUUUGCUAAAUUGGAUUUAAAAACUGGAAAAGUCAUAUGGAGAACUUUUAUGGUACCUGAUAAUUAUGGUAGGCCUGAUCUGUAUUCUGGAAAUGCAGUAUGGGGUUCUGCGCCUGCGAUUGAUCCUAUUAAAAAGUUAGUUUACAUCGCUACUGGUAACAAUUAUGAGAUUCCAGAAAAUGUUACAAAUUGUAUUACGAAUGCAACAACACCUGAACAGAAAUCAGCAUGUCAUGAUCCAAAUAAUUUCCUUGACGCGAUUCUUGCAUUAGAUAUUGAAAAAGGAGAUGUAAAAUGGGUAACAAGAUUAUCUAGUUUUGAUAGUUGGACUGUAGCUUGUCUUUCUGGGACUAACCCACAAAAUUGUCCUGAUCCUGCCGGACCAGAUUAUGAUUUCGCUCAAGCUCCUUUACUUGUUAAUGCAUGUUCUAAAUCAAAUGAUUGUAUUUUACUUGCGAUAGCAACUGCAAAAUCUGGAAUUACAUGGGCAUUGAAUGCUGCCACAGGAAAAAUCAUUUGGUUCGUUGAAUCUGGACCUGGAGGUGUUGGCGGAGGUUCAAUGUUUGGUAGUGCUACAGAUGGAAAACACUAUUUCGUAUCACAAUCGAACAGUAGAGGAAAAGCGUACGUAUUUACAAAGCCAUCUCCUAAAAGUCAACCAGCAACAUUUGGAGGAGCAAUAGUAUCAAUUGAUAUAUUAACAGGUGAAAUAUUAUGGCAAACAGCAAAUCCAACACAAGAUAAGGGAGUGGCUCCAGUAUCCUAUUCAAAUGGAGUUGUUUGGUAUGGUAGUAAUGAUGAUAAUGGUCAUUUAUUUGCUUUAGAUGCUGAAAAUGGAAAUAUUUUAUUGGAUUUUGUUACGGGUGGUACUGUUGCUUGUGGACCAAGUAUUGUUAAUGGUAUCGUUUAUGCUGGUAGUGGGUAUGUAAGAUUUGGUGGAGGAGUUAACAAUACUAAAGUAUUUGCUCUUUCACAUUAAUGUAUAAGUAAAUAGAACGUUUGACACGUUACUUAAUGAUAUUUAUACUACGAUUAAUGUAUUAAGUGCCGAUUGUCCGACUAGUUAGUCUACUGGUCUUAAAAUUAUUUAAUUUCGGUUUUUUUUGAUUUAAAAUUUUCAACUCUUAUAAAAGUAUCUUUUAAUGUUUAAAAAAUUUACUGGACUUGAUUUUUUAUAAAACCAUUUAAAUAUUGUAUAUUAAAAAAUCAGCAGAUGGAAACAUUAUGAUAGAAUGGUGGUUAAUUUUGGUAUAUAGUAAAAAUGCUAAAAAAUAUUUCAAAUUACAAAAAU